UGAUUGUUAUUAUCAUGCCCCGAUUUGUAUUUUUGGGACCAAGCUUCUUUGGGUCUCAGCCUGAUCCGCUGAGUUCUACGGUUCCCAAACCUGCCCUGAUCUGGAUUCCUGAUGCCCCCUGGUGGAGCAUCCCGCGUCUGAGCUUCAUCCUGCCUUUCCUCUAGGACGUGAGGGGACUGGAGAAGAGAGGGGAAGGGGCUUUAAAGAGGACUUUUUAUUUAGCUGGUAGAGCUGACCCCUGGAAUUUUUCUGUCCCGCAAUGAGAGGUUGUGCCUUGUGGCUUUUACCUCGGCCUCAUUCUCCUCGGAUGAGGGCAGGAGGCAGCUUUCUUCUUAGCACCCUGGCUUGGGGGCUUGGGAGUGAAGGCCACAUCUGGAAGAAGAACCUCAGCUCAGCCGCCAACACGUCUCUUCUGAGUGCCAGGAUUAGUGACUCCAACUGUUUGGGAAAAAAGAAUGGUUUAGACAUCUCCAUGUUAGCCAUGAGCCUAACCCUGUCCCCCAUGAGGUCCCAAGACAUGGACCCCAUGGCUACUGAUGCCUCCCCAAUGGCUACCAACCUGACCCCCACGGUGGAACAGGAAGAAGGAGAAGAUGGGUUGAAGGAGAUGGAUCCCGACCAGAGAUAUGAAAAACCACCUCCGCUCCACACCGGGGCAGACUGGAAGAUUGUCCUCCACCUGCCGGAAAUAGAAACGUGGCUCCGGAUGACCUCGGAGAGGGUCAGGGAUCUGACCUAUUCGGUCCAGCAAGACUCAGACAGCAGGCAUGUGGAUGUUCAUUUAGUCCAGCUAAAGGACAUCUGUGAAGAUAUCUCGGAUCAUGUCGAGCAAAUCCAUGCCCUCCUGGAGACCGAGUUUUCCCUGAAGCUCCUAUCCUAUUCGGUCAACGUGAUAGUUGAUAUCCACACGGUACAGCUCCUCUGGCAUCAGCUGCGGGUCUCCGUCCUGGUACUGAGGGAGCGGAUCCUGCAGGGGCUGCAGGACGCCAAUGGGAACUACACCAGGCAGACGGACAUUCUCCAGGCUUUCUCUGAGGAGACCAAGGAGGACCGGCUUGACUCUCUGACGGAAGUGGAUGACUCGGGACAGCUGACUAUCAAAUGCUCCCAGAAUUACCUGUCCCUGGAUUGCGGCAUCACGGCCUUCGAACUGUCGGACUACAGUCCCAGCGAGGAUCUGCUCGGGGCACUGGGAGACAUGGCCGCGGGCCAAGCUAAACCUAAGUCCUUUGACUCCUGGAGCUACAGGGAGAUGGAAAAAGACUUUCCAGAGCUCAUGAGGAGUGUGGGGCUGCUGACGGUGGCCGGCGAUGCCCUCCUCCCCCCGGGGAGCGGAGCCGUCGAUGAAGACGUGAUGCACUCCACUCCCCCCGCUGAAGAUGAGGGCCAGAUGGAGGGGAGCAGAGCACCCCCUCCAGUGAAAGAACUUCCCCCUGACUCAUCUCCCCCAGGCCCGGCAGGGCCUGACCCCCCGACCGUCAGCCAGCCCACUGUGGAGCCGGUGAAGCCAGAAGGUCCCAAGCCCCAGCAGCUCCCCACCUGUGAGAGCGCCACCCCCAAGAGGCCCAUCCGAGACUGUUUCAAUUACAACGAGGAUUCCCCCACGCAGCCCUCUCGCCCCAAGCGGGGCCUGUUCCUCCAGCAGGAGGCCUUUCCGGGCGGUGGGGACGGCCGUGCUCUGAACCCGCCAGGCACCCUGUCAAAGCCGGCCCUGAGCCGGAGCACCCCAUCCCUGCUGGACCCUCCUGACCGCUCCAAGCUCUGCCUGGACCUGCAGGCCUCCUACCCCAGCGGUCUGGCCGCAGUGAGCCAGUCGUAUGAGUGUCUGCACCGGACAGGGGACGGGGCACCUGAGCGACCAUCCCGUGGUCCCUCGAAGGAGAACUCGGCCAGCCUGAGCCGGCUCUCGGAGCGCAGCCGCAAGGAAAAGCUACGGCACAAGAAGGUCCCCGAGGCCCCCAAGGGGGUUUUCUGUAGGUCAUCUAGAGGGGAGCUGGUUCCUGCACCCAACCAGCCAGUACAAAGCAGGGGGAACUUGGCAGGGAAGCAGGGCUCCACUCCCUGCACCCCCAAGAGCAGGGAGAAACCCAGGGCCAGGGCUGCCUCCCCAACUGCCGGGGGUCCUGGCGCCCAGGGGACUCCGCAGGCCGAACUGCAAAGCCAGGCCGAGCCACCUGGGUCACCCCCCUCGAUCCAGGACAGGGCGUCCCCGCCUGGCUCCACCCCCACCCUCUCCCCACCCCCGAAGGACAAGAACAAAAAGAGCUACUUCUCGUCUCCUAGCCACGUGACCAGGAACGGUUCAGUCGUGGAGGCCUGGUAUGGCUCCGAUGAGUACUUAGCCCUCCCCUCCCAUCUCAAGCAGACAGAAGUGCUAGCGUUGAAGCUGGAAAAUCUGACCAAGCUCCUUCCCCAGAAGCCCAGAGGAGAAACGAUCCAGAAUAUCGAUGACUGGGAACUCUCAGAAAUGAAUUCAGAUUCUGAGCUCUACCCCACCUACCAGGUUAGAAAGAAGCACAAGAGGUUUGGGAGGGCUUCUCCCAGCUCUUCGAGCGAUGCGGCCUCCUCCUUGGAGGAGAGCGUCGAGUCUGGGCCUCUGAGCGAGAUUCUUUCAGACGAGGAGCUGUUCGGGCCUGUGUUGGCCAUUAAAAAAUGGACUGUGGAGAGGUCGGAGGGGAACGCCAUCACCGAGAAAAAUGAGAGCGCUGCUGCUAAAUCUGCAAUAAUCCAGCAACUGAUGCAGGACAUCCAACACCAAGAAAACUAUGAAGCGAUCUGGGAAAAAAUUGAGGGGUUCGUAAACAAGCUAGACGAAUUCAUUCAGUGGUUAAAUGAAGCCAUGGAAACAACAGAGAACUGGACCCCUCCAAAAGCAGAGACGGAUGGCCUGAAACUGUACUUGGAGACACAUUUGAGCUUUAAGCUGAAUGUAGACAGCCAUUGUGCUCUAAAGGAAGCUGUGGUGGAAGAAGGACAGCAACUUCUUGAGCUUAUUGUAUCUCACAAAUCAGGACUGAAGGACAUGCUGCAGAUGAUUGCAAGUCAAUGGAAGGAACUACAGAGGCAAAUCAACGGCAACAACAGCUGGAUUCUUCGGGCUCUGGAUAUCAUCAAACGGAGAUACUGGCUACUGAUGUGUCUGUAGAGGAGGAGGAAGGGAAGGAAGCCCCAAGACUGAGGUUCAACUAUGCUAUCUGGAAGCACAAAGAGAUGCCGUUGAGCA